AUGUCCUGCAGUUCGAGUGCUGGGGUGGAUUCACAAUGUAUGGACCUGAAAACCGCACUUGUCUGGAGACUGGGAAAAUGGAGUGGGGAAACGACAAUAUGCGAUGAUCAAGAGGGCCAUUGCCCCAACCCAGGGAUCCCCAUUGGUGCCAGCAAAGUUGGUAUUUCCUAUGGAAUUGAAAACAAAGUAACCUACCAGUGUCAGUAUGGACAUAAGAUGUUUGGAUCGGAAACUAGGGAAUGUAAAGAGAACAAGAGGUGGUCAGGAUCUGAACCAUCCUGCAGAACUUUUUACACAUAUGAUACUCCGAAAGAAGUAGCAGAGGGUUUUGGAUCCUCCUUGGCUGAAACCAUUGAAGCCUCAGACAAGGACAGAGUUGAAGGUAGGAAAAUAUGCAAUAUAUUGUCUCAACCUUUGUACCCCAGAGGUACCCUUGAGAUGAUUUUCAUAUCUCAGGGAACCCCUGGUAAGAUGAACCCAUUGGGGUUCAUUGGGAAAAUGUCCCUUACAUUGGUUAUGGUAAGUGGGAAGAAUGCCACGCUUGCAGGCAUCUCACUGGCUCUGCCAAGUGGCUUUCGACCUGGACUAUGCAGGCACCAUCAGAUGGGAGGUGAGUUAGGCACAGCUCAAGGAACCCCUAGCCAACCCUUGAGGAACCCUAGGGCUCUACAGAUCCUUGAUUGA